UUAACUCUCACAUUUUGUAAAUCUCUUUGACCUUUGUCUUGGAAAUGCAAAUCAAAAGUAAAACGGAGGAGAUAUGGCAUUUCCAGCUGAUAUAAACAAAGCGCAGCCAAAACAGGCCCCUGCUACUUAUCACCGAGAAAGUCUACACUUAGUUCUUAGUUAAAAUAACUCAAUUCUGUACCCAAGGAACCAGUACAGAUUAUAUUCUUUCCCCCAAAAAUCUGUCAGAUCUAGCUGAAUAUCGGCUGAAACGGUCACUUUGCAAGCUAAAAUCAAACAUGCACGUACCGAGUCUACCGACAUUAGGUGGCGCCCGUCAAGCCGUGACCGUUUUAGCUGAUUUUCGGCCAACCUCGACCUUUUUUGGGGUUGAAAAAUUAGUUCGACACAACAUUUGACAGAAUGGGCAGAUUUCUGGCAGGAUUUUGCAAAAUGGUUAUUCAAUAGGAAAAUUUGGAAGAUUUGAAAAAAAUUGGUACAUUUGUAUAAAAAAAUCUUAAAUCUUUUUCAAACAAACCCUUGCAAAAUGGGACAGGUUGGCUGGUCUAGGUCAUGGGAAUCCGACUUUGUCUUGACGCAACCAUGUUCGGCAUUUCACCUGAAAUUUACGCUAUGUAUUUCAUAACAUUUUUAUGUGCCUACAGAUUGUUUAUAAUAUAAUUGAACUUUAAUUAAGAAAAUACAACAUCUGCAUGUGAUUUUGAGUGUUUUUAGUGUAUUUCGAGAAUUCUUGGGAAUUUUGGCAGAUUUUUGAACGUAUUUAGCAGAAUUUUGCCAUGCCGUUACGGUCACCCUGGCGCGGCUGAAAAUUACCAGGGGAAAAAUCAACACCGCGCGCGCCAUACUACCUACCGUACCUGGGCCUGCUAGUUUAUGCUAUAUAUAGUGCAGUAGUGCGUGCAUGCUGUCACAUGUCACACAGAAUGGCGAUCUCUGAGCAUGAUCAUGGAGGUAAAUCCAUGGGCUGAUCGAUUAAGAGCUGAGCUUGAGAGCGCCAGAGUAAUAAAGAUCAUUAAAACAUCUUUGCAUGGAAGUGCGCUAGCUCAAGCUGCAGAGUCUCCAGUCCCAUUUGUGCCAAGCCAAGACCACCGACGACCAAACGAUCGUUGUGCCAGCACAGCGCGUGGCGUGGUCACCGGUCGUGGAUAGUUACCGCGCCGCUAAUCUCUUCCAUCAUGUCUUCCCCCCAAGCGGAUCUCAAAAAUGCUCUUCCAGCGGAAGACAUGGAGGAUAAUAACACUUUUUCCAAGCCGAUCAAGAUGAGUGAAGAGCGGAAGCACUGGAAUAUGUGGGGGCUUAUGAAGUGUUUGGCAACCAAGGAGUCUACUGUGGAGUUUUGCAAGGAGCAGGGACUCAUUGCCACCGGUCCAAUAUGCAAGUGGUGCCGCAGACUACUGAGGUGGUCCCCUACGGAACACCGUGGGGAUGGUUUUUCAUGGCGUUGCAACAGCCGUCGAUGUAAAAAACGUACAGCAAACCGCAGUGUUCGACAUAGCUCCUGGUUUGCAGGCAGCAGAUUGUCGCUUGAAAAAGUCUUGGUGCUGACGUAUUGCUGGGCAGUAGGGAUGACAAACAAAGUGGCCGUCAGGGAAUCCAGCAUCAGUGGCACCAUUACCUGCGGCGAAACUGUUGUCGAAUGGUUCAACUACUGCCGUGAAGUAUGCCUUCACGCGGUGCGGCAGUGCUCAAGCAAGGCUAUUGGCGGACCAGAGCUGGUUGUCGAAAUUGGCGAAUCGAAAUUUGGCAAGCAGAAGUUUAACAAGAGCCGUAACAUGAAAGGCAAAUGGGUAUUGGGCGGGAUAUGCCGUAAGACGAGGGAUGUUUUCUUCAUUGAGAUAGACAAUCGUGAACCGGCGACAGUUAUUUCUCUGAUAAAGGAGUAUGUUGCCCCUGGUUCUACGCUCGUCAUAACGGACUGUUGGCAAUCUUACGAUUGUUUCAGUGCAGACAAUUUCAAAGAUCUCAAUGUUUACCACACUGUGAAGUUCAUGAAUCCACCAACUGGAGCUCUUACUCGGAAUGCCGAAAGUCAGUGGACGCAGACCAAACGCAAAUUACUUGGUUCAAGCACCAGCUCGUGUGGUGGAUUUGGUCUCUACCUGGCUGAGUACAUUUGGCGACGCAAGAACAGGGACAGAGAUCCUUUCCAGCAAAUUCUCGAUGAUAUCUUGUUGCUCUACAAGCCUCCCAAGCGUUUUUAGGAUCAAGGGUCUAUAGCGGUCGGCUACGGCAGAAGAACUCCCAAUUAUCCAGAGAAAGAAUCUCUCUUCCAAGUUUUUUUUUUUUUUGAAUUUGAAAUAAAUGUAAUACCGGUAUAUGUGUAUUCCGCCACCCUACAGUCAAAAUCCCAUGUUUUGCUUUCUUUCAGCGGAUAUACAACAAUCAUUUUUGCUGUUGUUUUCUAAAAUGGAUGGAUUUGGGGAGUUAAUAUUUUAUCUAUAUUUGUUACGCUGACUUGUUUGAAGUUUCGUGUUCGUAGAUGCUGGAAAACAAAAACUACAAGAAAACCAAUCAUGGUCUUGUAUUCUGGUUUCCUGACCCCACUUAAGAUGAAACAGCAAUUUAUAGGCAUCAGGGAGUUGUAAGGUCAGGGAACCAGUCUAACUGGCUUGGGGACUAACCAAAUAUGAUAAAUGGACCUAAGACGUAAUGACGUCACACUUUGUUUACAUGUGCCCUUUCCUAUGUAGUAGACGGACCCCACUUUAUCUGGCGUCCCGACUUCGCUCCCAUAGGAAAGCGCAUAUGUAAACAAAGCCAUUACGUCAUUACGUCUC